AGUUUGGCAAAUGCGCCUUUUUUGAAAAUACUAAAUAAAAUAUUCAAUAAUUACAUUAAUUACUAUCAUUACUAGUCCAUUACUAAUUUCGUUAUUUGGUAAUAGUUUGGAAAUUUUUUCUAUAAAAAAAAUGACGUAUUGGCAGCAUUGGUGUCAAGUUGUCAAGUAAAUGUCAAAAUUCUAACACUUAGGUUAUGUUGUAUUCGUUUAAAUUUGUUUUCGUUUGAAUUUUGAUUUGUAAUACAAAAUGACAAAAAACUAUCCAACUGAUUGGGAUAUUGAACAAUAUAAAGAUGAAACCGAACCAGAACAUCACUGGGAAUUAAGGAAAGAAUUCAUGGAAGCCCACAUAGGGAAUUUCCCUGAAGACUACUUAGUAGCCCUAGCUAGAUCUUUUACCAAUAUAGAGUUUAUGGGAUGCAGUUAUCCACCAGCUGUAAUGGCUAGAAUAGCAGAACUUUCAAAGGAUGUAGCCAAGAAAUACAGAGAGGUUAAGAAAACUAAGUUACAAAGAACUUUUGUUUCUGCUUCUAAUGCUGCAGAAAAUAAAAUAAAACGACGUAAAACAGACCAGGGGCCCCAAAAAUCAGGAAGAUAAUUUUUUAUUUAAAAUUUCUAUAUACUUAAUACCUGAACAGUACGUAUAAAGAUUUAUGCGUCUUCUCUUUUUCUUUGAAGAUAUAGGAUUUUGUAAAAGUAUUGUGUUUUAUUUAAAAUGAUUUGCUUGAUCACAGAAGAGAUUAUUACGUAUGAAACAUUUAAGUUUCAAUAUACCCGUAGGUGCAAAAUUGUCUGCAAU